AUGAUUUAACCAAUUUCUAUUAAUCAUAAAGAAGAAAAAGUGUGGUAUGAUAAGGGUAAUAAAUUGUUAUCUUUCUUAUUUAGGAUCUGCAUUAGCCGAUAUAAAUCAAUUUCAAGAAGCAAUUUAAUGUUUUAACGAAGGCACUUCUAUUAAUCCUAAAUAUGAUUUAGCUUUGAUUAGCAAGGGUAAUUUAUGUUAAUUGUAAAAUAUUAGGUAAUGCAUUAACUAAAUUGGAGCAAUAUCAAGAUGCAAUUAAUUGUUACACCGAAGCUAUUUAUAUUAAUCCUAAAUCUGAAACUGCAUGGAGUGGCAAAGGUAAUUUAAUGUUCAAUAUUAAAAAUUAGAAUGUGCUUUAGGCAGUUUGUAUCAAUUUAAUGAAGCAAUUGAGUGUUUCAAGUAAGCCAUUUCUAUUAACCCUAAAUUUGCUGAUGCAUGGAAUUGGAAAGGUAAAUACUUUGUUCGAUUAUGAUAAUUAGGAAUUGCAUUACAGAAAAAUUGAAUUAAUAUUAAGAAGCAAUUGAAUGUUACAAUGAAGCAAUAUCUGUUAACCUAAAUCUGAUACUUUUUGGAAGAAUAAGGGUAACUAACUGUUAAAUAUUAAUAAAUAGGUGAUGUAUUAGAUGAAUUGAAAUAAUUUUUGGAAGCAAUUGAAUGUUACAAUAGCCAUUAACCCUAAAUCAGAUUAGUGUUGGAAUAAUGAGGGUGACUAAUUCUUAAAUAUUAAUUUAUAGGGAAUGCAUUAAGAAAUUAAAAUAAUAUCAAGAAGCAAUUGAAUAUUACAACGAAGCAAUAGCUAUUAACCCUAAAUCAGAUUAGUGUUGGAAUAAUAAGGGUAACUAAUUCUUAAAUAUUAAUUUAUAGGGAAUGCAUUAAGAAGUUUAAAACAAUAUGAAGAUGCAGUUGAAUGUUACAAUGAAGCAAUAACUAUUAAUCCUAAAUCUGAUACUUUUUGGAAGAAUAAGGGUAACUAAUUUAUAAAUAUUAUUCUUAAAGGUCAAGCAUCAUCAAUUCAUUUUGUUCUAUAUGGUUUUAUACGAUUUAAAUCAAUAUGAACAAGCAAUAGCAUGUUAUGAUAGAGCAACAUCUAUUAACCCUAAAUUUGAUGGGGCUUUUGUAGAUAAAGGUAAUGAUAAUUUUUAUUUAGGUUUAAUCCUACAAAAAUAAUAGAAAAACAUGGAUGCACUCACAAUUUUUGAUCAAGCACUUAAAAUAAAUCCUACUGCUCAUCGAUUAGGAUAUAAAGGUAAAUUAAUCUUUAAUUUCAGCUUAUUCAUUAUUUAGUUAAGAGCAAUUCCUUGAUAUUAUUGAAUUACUUCAGAAGCUAAAUACUUUUAUUUUGCUGCAUAGGAAAUGGGUUUGGGUCAGAAUGCUUAUAUAAAAAGGUAACUAUCAGAGUUAUGAAGCAUUAUCAUAUUCAUAUAUUAAAUGA